AUGUCCUCGGGAAAUAAGACUGUAAUUGCAUUUGACCUGUACGGCACGUUACUCUCAACCGAGAGUAUUGCCAAGGAACUCGCUACUCACUUUGGGGACGAGAAAGCCCAGUCUGUAGCUGCACUAUGGAGAAGGCAAGUCAGCAUCAUAGGGUUGUAUGGGUGUCUCUAUAAACCCUUCUCAGAAAUCACCAAUACAUCUCUCCGGCACGCCUUAGAUGAACUCAGUCUCUCGCUCUCAGAUACCGAUGUUAGCAAGCUCAUGACAGCCUACGACUCCCUCGGCACCUUCCCCGACGUGCCACCCGCGCUAAAAGCACUUGCCAGCAACCCCUCAAUCGACGCCUACGUUUUCUCCAACGGCACAGACGCCAUGGUAUCAUCAUCGGUAAACCAAUCACCCUCACUGUCAUCUCAUACCUCCGUUUUCAAAGGUAUCGUGACCGUAGAGGAAGUGAAAGCCUACAAGCCGGAUCCAAAAGUCUACACGCACCUUGCGGAGAAGGUUGGGAAGAAGGCAGGGGAUAUGGCGGAUAUUUGGCUCGUGAGUGGGAAUCCUUUUGAUGUCGUGGGCGCGAGAGCUGCUAGUAUGCAAGCUGCGUGGAUUGACAGAGCUGGUGGGCAUCAUGGGAAAGGGGGGUGGACUGAUAAAUUAGGCGAGUUGGCAAGCGGUGGACCUACGGUAAUUGUUAAAGGGGUCGACGAGGCAGUUAACGAGAUUCAGAAACGGACCAAGGAUAAUGGUGGGAAAAGUGGUGCAGGUUUUAAUAACGAGGCAGCUGCUUUAGGGCCAGGUUAA